UUAGUUCUGGGAAGUACGAAGUACCAAAUACUUUCUCUCGCUCCGUCAUUUGUCAUGGACUUCGGCCGGUUAACCGUCACAUUCCUCCUCCUCUCAUUCGCUACUAGUUCCUUAUCGGAACGAUUAAUCCGUAUGUCAACGGAAGAUCGAGGAACAUCAUCAGUCUAUUCUGGUGUCCCCAGUUCUCGUAGAAAUACGGAUUUGUUAUGUGAAAGCUGGAAGUUCUCCGUUGAAACCAAUGAUGCCGGUGUCUGGUACACUGUGCCCGAAAAGUGCGUGAGCUUCGUCAACAACUACUUGAAUGGUGAACGAUAUCGAUAUGAUUCGGAAGUCAUUGCCGAUUACGCUAUAGAGUACGCAAAGACGGUGAAUAUCGCCGGCGAUGGCAAAGACGCUUGGAUCUUUGAUGUUGAUGAGACUUUGCUCUCGAAUCUGCCUUGGUAUGCGACUCACGGAUUCGGAUCGGAGGUGUUUGAUGAGGAUUCUUUCAACAAGUGGGUAGAUUUGGCAGAGGCUCCUGCCUUACCAGCAAGUUUAAGGUUGUACAAUGAACUUCAACAGUUAGGGUUUAAGAUUUUCUUGUUGACAGGCCGAACUGAAUCCCAAAGAAAAUCUACAGAUAAGAAUCUUCUGGAUGCUGAAUACACCAACUAUGAAAGCCUUAUCUUAAGGGCAACUUCAGAUGAAGGUAAACCGGCUACUUUGUAUAAAUCUGAGAAGAGACAGGAACUUAUAGAUGGAGGUUAUAGGAUACAUGGAAGCUCGGGAGACCAAUGGAGUGAUUUGUUGGGUUUUGCAAUAGGAACAAGAUCCUUUAAACUUCCAAAUCCUAUGUAUUACAUCUUGUGAUUUUAUACAACAAUAUAAAUGCUCCAAAAUUUCAUGUUUGUAUAACUUCCAAUUCAUGUAUUUGCUUCUAUAUCGUGUAAGUGUAAGUUGUCAUUAGGUUUUGUACGGAUAAAAUGUGUUUGAAUAAAUGAUGUUUUUUUUUGAGAAAA